AUGGAGUGCUGUAAAAAGGAACCUUGCUGUAAAGACAGGUUGGUUCAAAGGCAUAUAACUCAAGAUGCUUCUUGCCAACUGUGUGGGGAAGAAAGAAAGACCAUUUUGCAUUCUUUGUUACACUGUGAUGCUGCCAAACAGAUUUGGGCACUUAGUGCAUAUGUGAGUGAUUUAGCUGGAGCUUCGAGCACUUUGUUUGCAGAUUUCUGGGUGUGGUUAUGCAGCAAAUUUAAUGCCGAGGCAGUAAGCACUAUGGGAACGUUUUUGUGGGCAGCAUGGAGGUGUAGAAACCUUGAGAUUGUUGAGAACGAUAGGCCUAAUCCUACAAUGUUGGCUGCUGGAUUUCUGAGUUCGUGCAUGAGUAUAAUCACUGUGUGGAGGUGCCCUCCACAGGGGUGUGUGAAGGUCAACACAGAUGCCCACUGUCCAGCAGGGGGUCUGGCGGGUUUGGGGACUGUGAUCAGAGAUGCCAAUGGAUCUCUCCUUACGGUCGCUACAAGAACACACACCACGUCUCCAGAGUGUGCAGAGGCUCUUGCUGUUCGUUAUGCCCUUCAGCUAGCUAGACGAUUGGGCUUUUCGCGUGUGUGGGUGGAAUCUGAUGCUAUUAAUGUAGUUAAAGCGGUGCACAUUGAUGAUGGUGGAAAAGCUCCUAUUCACCUUAUUUUUGAUGAUAUUAGAAAAGAUAGUUUGCCCUUUGAACUUUGUACAUUUUCCCAUGUGAAACGUAGUUGUAAUACAGUAGCUCACCUUGCUGCAAGGUGGGAUACUGGUUGUAAUGUGGAAAAUGUAUUCUUGAGUCCUUUUCCCCAAAUCCUCAUCACUUUGGCAGAUUUGGAUAUGAUUUAA